AGAAAAAAAAAAACCAUGUAAAGCAGAAAUAUCCACUUGAUUGAUGGACACUUUGACAAGCGACACACUAUGACCGUUAACAAGGAAGUAGCAGGCGGAGCAAAGGUCUCUGUGGUAGCUCAAGGCCAGAAAGGAGAAGUAGCUAUUUACUUCAUCACUUGCUGAUACGAAGGGAUCAGAGGUUACUAAAGGAGUGUAGGGUUAAGAAUUAAAAGUCAACACUCCUGGGAUUAAGGUAAUAUUGGACUUGUCUGACCUCGGGCUCGGAUGCAUUCUCUGUGAACCUCAAGUGUUGUUUUUGAAAAUAAAUCGGUUGUUCUUUUGAAAAAAAGAAAUUGAAAGUUUAUUCUGAGGAAAGCCAGGGAUUUACUACGGUCAUGGACUGAGAUCCAGAGGAAGGAUGAAGCGUUUGUGUUUGAAAAGCCCCUCGGAGCACUUGGUGCUGUGUGUCUUCUUGAGUCUACUUUUGGGUGUCGCUGAUUCAACCACAAUAAGCACACCAACAAGAAAACCUCCUGCUGAUGUUGGAGCGGUGACAGUGGUGAGCCAGAGUGAGACCAGUAUAACUCUGAAUUGGAAAAAAGUUGAUGGCAUCGCGACAUACGACCUGUUCUAUAAUGAUGGCGGGACAAAUAAAACGGAGAGGAUCGAUCGGCCAAAUGGUGACCAAGUGGAAUAUGUGGUUUCUGAUCUGACGGCUGGAACAUUAUACACUUUCACUGUCUUCACUGUGGAUUCUGAGGGACUCAGAAGCAAUGGCCUCAACUUUACAGCUCCAACAGCUCCAAGAAAAAUUGAAAAUGUGAAUGUGAGCCAGAAUGAGACCAGUAUAACUCUGCAGUGGGACAAAGUUGACCGCAUCGACCGGUACAUUCUUGUAUUUGAUGGAAAUGAGACGCCAAUUGAUGCUUCAGAAGUGUCACACACCAUUUCAAAUCUGAUGAGCGGGAGAGAGUACAGUUUCACUCUCUUUACUGAAUUUAAAAAUGUCAACAACAGUGGAGCAACCCUUACUGCUGUCACUGCUCCAAGAAAAGUUGAAAAAGUGAAGGUAGUGAACCAGAAUGAGACCAGUAUAACUCUGGAGUGGGAAAAAGUUGACCGCAUUGACCGUUACAUUCUUGUGUCUGAUGGAAAUGAGAGGACAAUUGAUGCAUCUGAAGUGUCACACACCAUUUCAAAUCUGAUGAGUGGGACAGAGUACAGGUUCACUCUUUUUACUGAAUUUAAAAAUGUCAACAACAGUGGAACACCCUUUACUGCUGUUACUGCUCCAAGAAAAAUUGAAAAUGUGAAUGUGAGCCAGAAUGAGACCAGUAUAACUCUGCAGUGGGACAAAGUUGACCGCAUCGACCGGUACAUUCUUGUAUUUGAUGGAAAUGAGACGACAAUUGAUGCUUCAGAAGUGUCACACACCAUUUCAAAUCUGAUGAGUGCCACAGAGUACAGUUUCACUCUCUUUACUGAAUUUAAAAAUGUCAACAACAGUGGAGCACCCUUUACUGCUGUUACUGCUCCAAGAAAAGUUGAAAAAGUGAAUGUGAACCAGAAUGAGACCAGUAUAACUCUGCAGUGGGAAAAAGUUGACCGCAUCGACCGGUACAUUCUUGUGUUUGAUGGAAAUGAGAGGACAAUUGAUGCAUCAGAAGUGUCACACACCAUUUCAAAUCUGAUGAGUGGGACAGAGUACAGUUUCACUCUCUUUACUGAAUUUAAAAAUGUCAACAACAGUGGAGCAACCCUUACUGCUGUCACUGCUCCACGAAAUGUUCAAACUGUGACUGACGUGAGCCAAACUGAGACCAGUAUAACUCUGCAGUGGGAUAAAGUUGACGGUGUUGACCGUUACAUUCUUGUGUCUGAUGGAAAUGAGACGCCAAUUGAUGCAUCAGAAGUGUCACACACCAUUCCAGAUCUGGAUAGUGGGACAGAGUACAGUUUCACUCUCUUUACUGAAUUCAGCAACGUCAGAAGCAGUGGAGUAAUCCUUACUGCUGUCACUGUUCCUCCGAUGGUGGAAUCGGUCACCGUGGUGGAGCGCAGACUGACCAGCAUCACACUACAGUGGAGGAACACCAACACAGCCUGGAGAUACCAGCUUGAAAUUGAACACCGUAAUGCGACGGUUGAUCCGAGCGACUCCGAUGAAGUGACAGGGAUCGUCGGAGACCUCAAACCUGGAACAAAGUACACAAUUAGAGUGUUCACAGUGUUUGAACACACAAGUAAACCUCGUGAAGUCGUCACUCUCACAGUGAUUAAUUGUCAGAGUAUAAACUGGCAGAUUACGAGCACGUCCAUCCAAGCAGCAGUUGAUGGGGAGUUCACGACUGCAACGCUCCAGAAUGAAACAGGAAGUUCUCUCAGUGUUAGUCAAAGUGUAUCAUUUACUGAACUUGACCCUGGAGGAACCUAUAAAAUAAUUCUUGAGUAUGAAGAGCUGCUGCAGUGUGAUCACAGCCUAACAGUGUCUCCGUCUGACCCGGUAGGCCGCUGUGAGUACGAGGCCUCUGGAUAUUCGAUCGGCGUAGUUUGGGAUGAACCGCUUGGUGUGUGCACUCAAGCAGAAGUCAACGUGUCGGGGAAAAAAGAAGUUUUUGACUGUGGGGAGCGGUAUGGUGUCAUUGGAGGAUUUCAACCUGCCAGAACAUACCAAGUGUCUUUAGUUUUACUCUCUGGAGAUGUCAGGAGCCAGAAAAUAUUUGUUUUUGACUGUCAUACUGACCCAAGGGGAGUCAUUGCAGGGUCGGUCAUGGCUGUGCUGAUUUUCAUCAUCCUGGUCUGUGUGGCCCUCUUCAUCUUUAUUAAAAGACCAGACAUUAUCAGGAGAAAAAAAUCAUUCAUUGGAGGAUCCAAAGUAUCUACUGCAAAGGGGAAAGCUAUUCCUGUCGCAAAGUUUCAGAAUCACUUCACUAAGUUAAGUGCGGAUGAAAACAGAGGUUUCAGCCUGGAAUAUGGUACCCUCAGUCUUGUGGGCGCAGAUCAGACACAAAAAGUAUCCACGCUACCCGAGAACAAAGUGAGGAACCGUUUCACCAAUGUGCUGCCAUAUGACUGGAAUCGAGUGAAGCUCACUACGUCUGGGUCCGCUGAGAGCUCCGACUACAUAAAUGCCAGUUACAUGCCAGGAUAUAGGAACAACAGAGAGUACAUCGCCACUCAGGGUCCUCUUCCUGCAACAGUCAAUGAUUUCUGGAGAAUGAUUUGGGAACAACAAGUGAAAGGAAUCGUCAUGGUAACCAACUGUACUGAACUUGGACGGACGAAGUGUGAACAAUACUGGCCUUCUGGCCGCCAGUCUCGCCUUUUUGGAGAGCUGUCCGUCACCACCAUAUCAGAGCAGCAGGAGCCCAACUGGACAUUGAGGACAUUCAGUGUGAAACAUAGAAACACCUCUGAAGAACGCACAGUGAAACACUUCCACUUCACAGCCUGGCCUGAUCAUGGCGUCCCUCAGGGCACUGAUGUCCUGAUCCAGUUCAGAGGACUAAUGAGGCAGCACAUCGAGAGAGAUGGAGGCAGAGCGCCAACUGUGGUUCACUGCAGUGCCGGUGUGGGAAGGACAGGCACCAUCAUCGCUCUGGAUGUGCUGCUUCAGCAGCUAGAGAACGAGGAAGCUGUCGGCAUCAACGCCUUCGUGCACAGGAUGAGGCUGAAUCGACCCUACAUGGUGCAGACAGAGUCUCAGUAUGUUUUCCUGCACCAGUGCAUCAUGGACACCCUGAAACCAAAGGAGAAAAUAGAGGAUCACAUAUACCAAAACACCAACGACAUGAUCUAUGUCAAUGCAACAGCACUCCAAGAACUUAAUCAGCAAAACCGAAAUCGAUAAAUCACUGUGCACUCAAAUGCCUUAUUCACUUCAAGACAGAUUUAUUGUCUUCAUGCUCUAUGAUGUUGUAUAGAAAACCUUUGCUUCUUUAUUUUCAGAUUUUAUUUAAUGUUUAUGUUUCAUUCGCCAAAUCUGUACUUUUAUUGUUUCUAUCGUGAGAAAAUAACACUUGAGAGAUGACCACAGAAUGUUGUACACAUUUAAUAUUAAUAACAAAUGUAAGUAGAAAAAACUAUUUUCAAAAGAAAUAAAAUAUUCUAUUUCUGUAAAAAUACCAGAAUGUGCGAAGUGGCGGAGCCACAGAGGACUUCUUUGCGACGUUGUGACGUACACAGCAGGAUUUGAUGAUGUUGAACUUUUUGCUUAAGGAGCCUUGUUCUGAAAAAAACCAAGCUGCAAUAGACAUUUAAAACGCCUCCUCGUACUGCCCAGCGUUGUUCAGGUCAUUUCAUAAACUCCAGUCUCCCAGUGUUAUUAUCAUGUUAUUUUUCAUCCAUCCAUAUACACCCUGGGAAAGGUCAGCAGUCCAUCAUGGGUCCAACACAGAGGGACAGAAGAGAUCAAACAUUCCCACCUACGGGCAAAUUAGAGCUACUAAUAAAUCUAAUACUUCUGUCUCUUGACUGUGGGAGGAAACUGAAGUAUCCAAUAGGAAAGUCUUGCAAUGCAAGAACAUGCAAACUCCACACAGAAAGGCUCUCAAGACUCACUGUGAGCGGAGUGCUGCCCUGGAUGCACUGCAGAGCUCCUUCAGUGGCAGAGUUCUUCACUCCGAGUGUGUGAGGAAGUGAUAUUUCAGGCACUUCCCUUCAGCAGCUGUGAGAUUGUAUAACCAGCACCGCUUUCAGUAACUCCCACCCACCCCACACUUACCCCCCAACCAUGACAGAAUGCACUUUUUAAUGGCCAAUAUUUCUAUGUGCAAUAUACAUCUAUUAUUCAUUUAUUCUGUACUAUAAUAUCAUUUCAGGUAUAUUGCUAUUCACUACCAGCAUUACUUUUAAGAAAAUAUCAAUCAUGUCACAGUUAUAAUCUUAUUGUUGCGAUCGUUAUUGUAUGUCACACUUAUGUGUUUGUAUUCGCUUUCUUUAUUUGCUAAGAUUGUAUUUACUGUAAGGUUGCUGCUGCAACAAUGGAAAUUUCCCCACUGUGGGACAAAUGAAGGAAUGUCUUGAGUUUUAUUGAUUCUGGUGUGUUUGACAUUCCUGUGUCUCUUGAG